CGGGUUCGCGGCAUGCCAUCUCGAUCAAAGCGAGCACGCGGUGCCUCGAGCUCUUGCUCUGUGCGUAUCGACAGCAGUCUCGACCCCAUCCCCGAGGCUGACUGGGGGACAAUCGCAUGGGACCUCGACGCGCUCGCCCUCUCACUCUCGUGCCUCGACGGCGUGCACCCCGACUACCUUGCUGACCUCCGUGCUCUCGAGAGCCCGCGCUCGGACGCUGCGGAGGCGUCCGAGGAUCUGACGGAGUCCAGUGACCAUUAGUUUUGACACGCUAGUGGGUACGGUAUUAGAGGCGGCCUGCUAGUUCGUCCUCGCGCAAUUUGUGUACUGCCCCAUGUCCGUGGCACGUUAGGAGGACAUCGCAUGGUCCUACAUACGUGGUACUGUAUACUGUCACCCUCGGCUCACAUAGUUCGUUUGCCGUGCGUGUCUAUCCGUUUAUUGGCCACAACAUUAACAGGAGUACC